GGCAAGCAUACCAAACAUUAAAAAAAAAAGGUUUCGGGUAGCGUUAAGCUUGCCGUUAUCAGAUUUUUCACACAACUUUAACGACAGCCUGCCGCCAACUGCGAUUGAAACAAAGUCACCCAGUAGAUCCAACUUAGUGUAAACAGGCCCAAAAAAAAAAAUGAUGGGGGAGGGAUAUGAAACUGUGUAGACAUGCAACGGUAGGGAACACCAUGGAAAUUUGAGAAUUCACUUAUUAUGGCAAAACAAAAAAAAAAAAACCUUUGCACCCAGCGAAAUGCCUAAGCCGACUGGGUGUAGUCGCACGACUUUGGUGACAACUACAGUGUUCUUAGACCAUCAGCAUCUCCGAUUCCGAUCAAAGCUGCAAUACGGAAAAUCUGAUAAACCAACAAAGUGGAGAGCUACAGCGUCAUCCUCCCGAGAAACCCACUUUUUUUUUUUUGUGUGCGUUUUUUUUUUCGGCUGCAGCAAGUGUUUCUGGCACGACUUUGGUCACAACUCCGGUAUGGAAGAGAGAUCUCCCGAACCAUCAGCAAUUCACAAGUUAUUUGGCGUAAGAUCGGCAAGUGACCAAGUUUUUCAAAUCACAAAGUGCCUGGUCAGCAACACAAGUUCAGGCAAGUAAUCAUGCAAAUGACUUUCAGAAUAUCUGGAAGUGCGUGUUUAGCUACACAAGAUCCAUUGAUCAACCAGGCAAAAAAGUCUUCAAGAUAUUUCAAAGUUUGAGCUUUGAUACAACAUUCAAAGUAAAAUCAGACUUUCAUAAAAUGUGAAAGUGCGUGCUUAGACACAAAAAGGUUCAACUGAGCAAUCAAUCAUUCUAGUGUCUUUCUUGAUAGAUAGUUUUAAUUUAAAUGUUUAUUCGAGAUGAAUCGGGAGAGAGGUAGUACAAUUAAAGAAAAGGCUGAGAGUUGGGAAUGAGAAUACAGGGAUGAUGGAGGAUAUGCAAUAUAGAUGUAUG